AUGUCUACCACUACAACUAGUAAUGCUCAAGCUAAACGAAAAGAAAUUUAUAAAUACGAAGCACCAUGGAUGGUCUACGCCAUGAACUGGUCGAUUCGACCGGACAAACGUUUUCGCCUUGCUCUGGGAUCAUUUGUCGAAGAAUACAAUAAUAAAGUACAAAUUGUUUCAUUAGAUGAAGAAACAUCAGAAUUUGUUGCUAAAUCAACAUUCGAUCAUCCAUAUCCGACAACAAAAGUGAUGUGGAUACCCGAUACGAAAGGCGCUUUUCCGGAUUUAUUAGCGACAAGUGGUGAUUAUCUACGAGUUUGGCAAACGAGCGAUAGUGGUACUCGAUUGGAGUGCUUAUUAAAUAAUAAUAAAAAUUCAGAUUUCUGUGCUCCUCUAACAUCGUUCGAUUGGAAUGAAGUUGAUCCCAAUCUAAUUGGCACAUCCAGUAUUGACACAACUUGUACCAUAUGGGGACUUGAGACAGGACAAGCGAUUGGUCGAACCAAUCCCGUCAGUGGCCACGUUCGUACUCAAUUAAUUGCUCACGAUAAAGAAGUCUAUGAUAUUGCAUUCAGUCGCGGUGGUGGUGGUCGUGAUAUGUUCGCAUCAGUUGGUGCCGACGGAUCAGUUCGAAUGUUUGAUCUACGACAUUUAGAACACUCAACAAUCAUUUACGAAGAUCCUCAACACCAUUCUCUGCUUCGUCUGGCAUGGAACAAACAAGAUCCGAACUAUUUAGCGACAUUUGCUAUUGAUUCGAUGGAAAUUGUUAUUCUGGACGUUCGAAUUCCUUGCACACCAGUUGCUCGCCUCAACAAUCAUCGAUCGGGCGUAAAUGGCAUUGCAUGGGCACCUCAUUCUGCGUGUCAUAUUUGUACUGCUGGUGACGAUCGUCAAGCAUUGAUCUGGGAUAUCCAACAGAUGCCACGAGCAAUUGAAGAUCCUAUCCUCGCUUACACAGCUGAAGGAGAAAUCAAUCAAGUACAAUGGAGUACUACUCAGCCAGAUUGGAUUGCAAUUUGUUUUAAUAAUUUUCUCGAAAUAUUGCGUGUAUAA